UACGUCACUCAAACCACACUCGUCCCAGCCAAUCCCUUUGUAGGCCUGUUCAUCUCCCUCAACCUUCACCUACCAUCAAACUCAGGAGGGGCACCUUCAACGAGGUACUGGGGAUUUUAGUAUUAAUCCAUCAAGAUAAAUCCCUCACAUCCACUAUGUCCCUUUUGUCAGCCUGCAAGUUUGCCACGACAUUCUUGAAUUCAACCAAGAGCGCAGCAUGUCUCUUUGUGGCUUCCAGAAAUGCCACUACUUCAACAAACCUGAAAGAUGUGCUCACAGAUCUCGUCCCUAAAGAACAAAGUAGGAUUAAGAACUUCAAAGCACAAUAUGGCAAGACCAACAUCGGCUCAAUCACUGUGGAUAUGAUCUAUGGCGGGAUGAGAGGUAUGAAGGGCCUGGUGUAUGAAACAUCCGUCCUGGAUGCAGAUGAGGGAAUCCGUUUCCGUGGUUACAGCAUCCCGGAGUGCCAGCGACUGUUGCCCAAGGCCCCAGGUGGUGAGGAACCCCUACCUGAAGGUCUGUUUUGGCUGCUGGUAACUGGCCAGGUGCCGUCCCAGGAGCAGGCAAGCUGGCUGUCCAAGGAGUGGGCCAAGCGUGCGGCUCUUCCCUCCCAUGUGGUCACUAUGCUGGAUAACUUCCCCACCAAUCUUCACCCCAUGUCUCAGUUCAGCGCUGCCAUCACCGCUCUGAACAGUGAGAGCAGCUUUGCCCGGGCCUACUCUGAGGGGGUCAACAAGGCCAAGUACUGGGAGUAUAUCUACGAAGACUCCAUGGAUCUAAUUGCUAAGCUGCCCUGUGUGGCGGCUAAGAUUUACCGCAACCUUUACCGCGAGGGCAGCAGCAUUGGUGCCAUCGACUCAAGCCUGGACUGGUCACACAACUUCACCAACAUGCUGGGCUACAGUGACGCUACCUUCACGGAGCUCAUGCGCCUUUAUCUCACCAUCCACAGUGACCACGAGGGUGGUAACGUCAGUGCCCACACAAGCCACCUAGUGGGCAGUGCCCUGUCGGAUCCCUACCUCUCCUUCAGCGCAGCUAUGAACGGGUUGGCUGGACCGCUUCAUGGACUUGCUAACCAGGAAGUGCUGGUGUGGCUGACAGCCCUGCAGAAGGAAAUGGGAGGCGAGGUGUCGGAUGAAGCCAUGAGAGACUACAUCUGGAACACUCUUAAGUCUGGAAGGGUGGUCCCGGGCUACGGCCAUGCCGUCCUCAGGAAGACCGACCCCAGGUACACCUGUCAGCAGGAGUUUGCCUUCAAGCACCUGCCCAAUGAUCCCAUGUUCAAGCUGGUGCACCAACUCUACAAGAUUGUGCCCAAUGUGCUACUGGAGCAGGGCAAGGCCAAGAACCCCUGGCCCAAUGUGGAUGCCCACAGUGGAGUUCUGUUGCAGUAUUACGGCAUGACUGAGAUGAACUACUACACAGUGUUGUUCGGUGUGUCGCGAGCCCUAGGGGUUCUGGCACAGCUCAUCUGGAGCCGAGCCCUGGGCUUCCCCCUGGAGCGCCCCAAAUCCAUGAGCACGGAUGGACUUAUGACCCUAGUUGGAGCCAACAAGUCCGGGUGAAGGUGAAUUAUGAAGAAUUGGAGGAGGGUGAAGAAGAACAAAGGGGGGGUGGGUGGGGUAAAGGAGGGGGAGUGGGAUUCAAAAGAUGCCGUAGUCUUAAGAAAACAUUAAAGAAGGGCCUUUGCUGGAUUUAGUCGGUUGAUUUUCAGUGACACUAGGGUAAUUUUCCUUUUGUGAGACUGCGCCAUGGUUGUUGUCUUUGAGAUACGUAGAUUGACCUGGUUUAGGAAAGAAAUCCAAAUAUCAAGUCAAUUUAUUGUUUGUAAUAUCUGGGGCACUCACAUUGUCUGACAGAAAUAUGAAAAAUACCAAAACAAAAGAACACUCCAUGGCAUGAAAAAUCCUUCUGAAAUAUGACCACUCUAAUCUAAGUUUAGCAGGGAAGAAUAUGUGCAGCAUGCAGAUGACCAUGGUCUGUAGGUUUUUAAUCACAGACAUUACACCAUUAGUGAUUAAGGUUGAGUUCACUUAUUACACCUCCACCUGUUUCUGACCAUGUUCACCAGUCCCAAGUUACUUUGUACAGUUCUUCACAUACAAUUGUAGCUCUCAGUUGGCUCCAUCUGUUCUCUUUGGAUGGGAGGUUUGUCUGAACAGUGAUCAACAGGGUAAUACAGCACUGUUUUAUGUUUUAUCUAGGAGAUCUCAAAAGGACUGAUCUAAUUUUUUAAUGUUAUUAUUGUGUAAUAUCAGAUUGGUUGGGUGGGGGUGGGGGAUUGUUUAUCAUUUUUCUUCUAGACGUGAGAGCAACCUUAAAACCACACGCAUUGUGGUGUGAAUGGGUGACAUUUUCUCUAUCAGCAGAAUGAAUGUAAUUUGGGAGCUGGCUAGCACAUGGGACCUAAUAUUGGUGUCUCAGUCACUGUGCUUGUCUUUUUUUGUUUGCUGGUUUACCAUGUCCAAUUGUAAUUUCUCAUGUUGCUCACGAAGCAAGUAUACAUCCGAAACGUUAUACCAAAUAAUCGUAUCAUUGUGCUCAUCUGGAUUAUGAUACAGAUUUGCUUGGUUUAGUUCUAAGGUUGCUCUCUAGUUUAAAGGGCCUUAUGUGUUUGUGGUUGUCUGUUUCAAUGCAGACCAUGUCCAAUACACUCCAAUUGGGCACAGAGGGCCCAAUACCAACACUACCCCCUGGUUAUUCAUUGAAUUUGUUUUCAGACAGUCCUUCACCAUCUACCCCCCUUCACUGUGUUUACCCAGAUGAUACGUUCACACAUAUUUCAUAUGUAUUUUAGGUCUAAAAAGUGUCCCUUUCCUGUGUUUUGUCCUGUCAACCAACCUCUGGGGCUUUUUUAUUUUAAGUUAUUCACCAGGAUCAUGUCUAUUGGAUAAGUCAUGUUGGAUAGGAAAAAAACAUAGAAAUAUAAUUAUUUUUCAAGUCCGGUUUUGUAGUUAUAUUCAUUCUAUUAUUUUAUUCCCCUUAUGUCCAGUAGGUGUAAUCUUGAUCACUUUUGACAAACUGCCCUGUGGAUAUUUUGUUUAAAAGAGAAAUGUCUUAUGUGAGGUCAUUGUAAAGUGAAUGGGGAAUCUGAACUUGUAAUGUAGCAAAGCAGGAGUGUACAGUGAUUGUGGGGGAGAAAAAGGAAAACAACAAAAGAAAGUCCAAUAAAUGUUUUUAUUAACAA